UCUUCGGAUGACAAGUAAGAGUCAAAGCAAUUCCGACUUCCCUCUUUUUCGCACCCUUCAAGAAUGGCGUUCCCACCCGAAGUUUCAAACACAGUUCUUCUAUAUAUAUAUAGAUGGCACCUUGAUUCUCUCCAUUCCACCAUCAUCAUCUCCCGCUCCCAUAUCACUUCUUAUUACUGCGCGCAACUCAUUCAUAUCUGCCUCUCUUUCCCUUUCUGUGAUCUCUCUGAUCUGCAACUUCAUAUAUAUUUCUUAUUAGUAAUGGAGGAGAAGAGAAAGAAGUGGUUGCUGUACAUCAUAGCAUUCGUAAUCUUUCAGACCGGCGUAAUAGCUCUGUUCUCGAUGACGGUGAUGAAAUUCCGGACACCCAAGUAUCGAGUUCAAUCAGCGUCCUUCACCAAUUUCGAUGUCUCCAACAAUUCCAACCCUUCGUUCAAUCUGUGGAUGGACACCAGAUUCCGGGUGAAGAACACCAACUUCGGCCCCUACAAGUUCGACAACACCACUGUUGUCUUCUACUACAACGGUACCCAAGUAGGCAGCGCCGUCGUCCGCAAGUCCAAGGCCAAUUUCCGAUCAACCAAGAAGCUCAACAUGGCGGUGAAUUUGGUCUCGCCGACCAGCCUAGCCAACAAUCAACAACUGGCAAAAGAUUUGAGUUUGGGCAUUCUGCCUCUGACGAGCCAGUCGGAGAUGAAAGGGAAGGUGACGAUCAUGUUCAUGUUCAAGAAGAAGAAAUCUACAAAGAUGAAUUGCUCCAUGGAAGUCAACAUCCACGAGAAGACGCUGCAGAACGUGAAGUGCAAGUGAUAGAGACGAGGUCGCCGGAGUCGGCGCCGCAGCUUUAGUUCAUGUGUGAUUAUUGUUGAGAUGUAGAAUCUAGCUAGCUAAUUCAUUUUUAUGUGCUUUAAUAUGUAGCGAAUAUAUGUAGUUUCUGGGUGGUUUUUAAUUUUUAUGAAUAGUGAUUUUGAAAUUUGAAUUUUUA